UUUACUCGUCCGAGCCUUCGAUUCGGACACGCCAUACCAGUGAUUCAUCGGUGUAUCUAUAUAGCUGUAUAUAUUUAUUAAUCCACAAUUUUCUUCUCUCUCUCUCAUCGAUUUCGAAGAAGGCCUCACGACUUUCUCAAAGUCUCCUUCAAUAGCCUCUCAAACGCGAUUGAAACAAAAAAAUUGCAUUUACAGGAUUUUUUGCCAAUAAUAGUAAUGUCAGACCAUCUGGUUUUGUGCGUUGACCGCCUCAUCACAUCUGAAUCAUUGCAAUCACUACAAGGGGCUGAGGUCUCAGGAUCAUCCUCCGGAGAGGGUUCUUAUUCUCACAUGACUGAUCCAUCCUCCUCUAUUGAUAUGAAGGAUGGGGAGGAACAUGAUGAAGCUGAUGAAGAAGAACCGCUUAUUCAAAUGGUGGAGUGCCGCAUUUGCCAGGAGGAGGAUAGCAUCCAAAAUCUGGAGACACCUUGUGCUUGUAGUGGUAGUUUGAAGUUUGCUCAUAGGAAAUGUGUUCAGCGUUGGUGCAAUGAGAAAGGAGAUAUAACUUGUGAGAUCUGUCACCAGCCUUACCAACCUGGUUAUACUGCCCCACCACCUUCUCCUGGCUCUGAUGAUACUACCAUUGAUAUCAAUGGGGCUUGGACAAUCUCUGGCUCUCCUUUGGACUUGCGUGACCCUCGAAUUUUGGCUAUGGCAGCAGCUGAACGACAUCUUCUGGACGCUGAUUAUGAUGAAUAUGCUGAUACCAAUGCAAAUGGCGCUGCAUUUUGCCGCUCUGCCGCUCUGAUUUUAAUGGCUCUUCUACUCUUGAGGCAUGCUCUAACCAUUGGCAAUGGUGAAGAUGACGAUGAUGAUGCUUCCACCUUUUUCUCACUUUUCUUGCUGCGGGUUGCUGGUUUUCUUCUCCCAUGCUACAUUAUGGCCUGGGCUAUCAGUAUAUUGCAACGUCGAAGACAAAGACAGGAGGCGGAAGCAGCAGCACUCGCCGCAACAGAAGUUGCCUUCAUGAUACAAGGAGCGCAACGUCGGGGUUUGCAGUUCACAAUAGCACCAGGACCAGUAGGACCGGUACCGGCAGCGACACCAGGAUCAGUAAUGACACCAGGACAGGCAGUGAGUCCCCAUGAGUAGCCGGUUCUAUAAUAUAAGGUUUUCCUGAACACGGGUAAUUUUGAAAAUUGAGGUGAUCAUGUUACUAAAUAAAUUAUCAGUGAAACAAAAUUAGGAUGUAUUUCCGCCUGUCAAGUUGUGUCUUGGCUCGACUUAAUUAAUUUCCAUAAAAGCUUAAAACUUUGUUCUAUGUUCUUCCUGUUUUCAUUCUCUUGUUCCCCUCAUUGUUGUUGUACAUAAAAUAUUGUGAAUCAGAGCAGCAUCUGUUGGCAGAGUUGUCGAUAUUUGACACUGUAAACUGUACACGGCUUCUCUCCGGUGGCAUUGCCAUGCACUGUUUGUUGUAGUUAUCUUGAAUUAUGGAUUCAAUAUGAUCAACUUUUGCUAUA